AAAAAACCUCAUCCCGCCUUUCACAACCACACUUUCUUCCCUCCUUCUUCACUCUUUUCAACUUUUUCACAAACCCUAAAUAAAUAACAACAACACACACUUCACAAUAGUGACGACAAAACCAAAUCUCAAACCCAAAAACCAAACACAACAACAACAACAACAACAACAACAAUGGCUAAACAAUCCAAAUCUAAAAAACCUGAAUCCUUCGGCAAAGGCAAAGUCACUCCAAUCCAGAUCGCUUUCAUCGUUGACAGAUACCUCUGUGACAACAAUUUCACCGAAACUCGUAAAUUGUUUCGGAUCGAAGCUUCUUCUUUCAUCGCUAAUUCACCCAUCAACGAGGUGCCGAAGAGUUUGAUGAGUUUAGGUGAGAUGCUUGAUGAGUAUAUAUGUUUGAAGGAGCAGAAAGUGAUGUUGGAUCAAGAAAGGGUUUGUAUGGAACAAGAGAAGAACCGGGUUCAGAUGUUCUUGAAUGGUGUGCAGAAUGUUAUGAAUGUUUACAAUGCUAGUAAAAGUAUUCCGUUAACCAAUGCGAAUGGAGUGCCUGCUGCAGUUCCUCAAGCGAAUCUCGGUGCUCCUACUACUGCUGCUGCUUCCCCUGCAACACAGACCACAUCAAAUAUGCUCUCAGCACCUCAGUCUAACAACACCAAUUCAGAGAAUGGAAGCUUCGAAACACCUGUUUUGAGUGUAUCUGACAGAAAGAGAAAAAAUACUAAAGCAGUGGAGCAUGUACCUUCAAUUGCAAAAAGACCUCGUGGUAGAUCAUCCACUACCAGCAAGAAAAUUCCUGUCUCAGGUCAAGACACACUGCCAAAAUCAAACAAAGUAGUCAAUCAUCAAGUAGUUUAUCACCCUUCUUCUGCAACUCAAUCAUCGGCUGUGAACUGUGUACCAAGUGGAACACAGGUUCAAGGAUCCAGUGUUGUGAAAUGCUUAUUCAAUCCGGCUCGAACUUCUAUCCCAACCAAUUCAAAAGUUCCAAAGACGCCUCCGAGAACAAAUUCCAGUCACAGCAAUACAAAUAUAUCCCCUCCUGAGAUUUCUCAGGCUGCACCUAGCAACGUAGAGGGUACAUCUACUUGUUACACUGUAAUUUCAACCAAGAGAGUUAUGGUUAGCCCUGCAAAACAAAUGGCUUAUAUAGAGAGUAGUCAUUGUAUUUCACCUGUUAAAAUGAAUUCAGACAAGGCAAGUAAGAGGGAUCAUGUAAGAAGCAGAUUGAAUUUUGAUUCUUCUGAUAUGCCUCAGAGCUUUGAUUCAGACAAAUCAUUGCCUAAUGAGAUUUCUACAUCAGAGUCUAACAACGAAGUUCACUUAUAUGACAUUGAUUUCCCCAAUUUUGAUACCUUGGGGUCAGACUUCUCAUUUGCUGAAAUGUUAAGCGAUCUGGAUUUUUCUUGUGAGGGUGUUGAUUUUUCAAUUGUUUCAAAUGAUAAUCAAGUUAUCCCGGAACUGCCAUCAACUUCAGUAGAAGCUCUAUGUGAGAAAAAUAUGAACAUACAAGGCUCUGAUUGUUCGAAUGUUACAAAUACCUUCACAAGAAGCAUAACAAUUUUAAGCCCAGAGAAGAAGAACCAGAGCUGCUUAGAUCAGAAGAAUUGUUAAUGAGGGAGUUUGAAGAAUGACGCAGGCCGACUUGCUGCAGUUGCUGCAACAGAUUCUUAUGGUCAUAGUUCCAACGAAUGUAGCUAUCCUUGAUUUAGGAUGUUAACACCAUUAAUUUUUUCCUUAACCUUUGAACCUGUUUGGUCAAUGGUCAUCAAGGAAAAGCUAAAAUGAUUUUUGUGAUUGUAGAUAAGUACCUUUCUUGUUCUGGUUUACUCAAUAGAUUAACUAUUAGUUGGACUUAUUAGAUGCUAAACAUGGUUAAUUGUCUAUGAUUCAAGUCUAAAAAUUCUUGGAGCAAUAUUUUUCUGGUUGAAA